AUGAGUCGGUGGGCACAUCCUCGCGAGCAUCGCACCCUGGACGAGGAGGAAGGCAGCAUUUGGACGCCUCCAGCACUGGACAGGCACUGGGGCCACUUCCGGUCGCUUCUGGCAGAGGACGGCAUCUUCGAGGCCUUGCGCGAGCUGCGCUUCGCGCCCGGGGAUACCUUCGACCGGCGCUUCAAGCUGCAGGUCCACCGUCCAGAUCGACGUGGCUGCGCAUCCACUAUGGAGGCAGUGGCGCGGAGCUCCGAGACCUUGGGGCGAGUGGUGCAGCAGCUCUGCGACUUCUUCCACUUGGAGCCCCAGCGCUGCUGGGUGAACCUGUACCGCGGACACAGCGACGAUCAGGCGGCGUUUCAUCGGGACAACUUCGACGGUCGCUCCGGCGGACCUUCGGUGGACCUGGGCCUGUUCGCGUCCUUCGGGGCUCCGCGGAAGCUGUGCUGGGCCUGGGAUGAAGGCGGCCAGUCGCGCUGGGUGCUGCGCCACGGCGACGUCUUCGCCUUCGACCGCGUGGCCAACGGCGCGGGGCAGCACGCCAUCGAGCCGGACGAGUUGGCAGGGGACCGCAUCUCUGUGAGCCUUUGGGGCUGCGGGCAGAUCCCAGAUUCGAACCCAGAGGGACCGCUGAGAGAGCAGCGGCCAGUGCGGCG